UUUGUAGGAGUCAGAUCAGUGUUUUCCCCCUUUUGCAAAUGCGGAAGUGAGUUAGAUAACUUCAUCGUGUUGUCCAAAGCCACAGUGGGGCAGUGUCAGUGACAGAUUUACAACUGUGGAGUUCGGAACUCCUGGUCCUGUGCUCUCAUGAGAGCUCUUGCCUGUCCUCCCCGUGUUCAGCUCAGAUGUUACGCCGAAUAAUUCCUCUUUUCAAACAAACAACAAAGUUCCUACUAAUGCAGAGUCUGGACGCUGGGAAGAGAUGUCAGCCUCAUCAUGAGGAUGAAGAUUAUUAUGGAAGACAGACACCAUGUGGCUGAAAUGUCUAACAGUGAGCACAACCAAGAGUUCCAGAUGGUGGAGCAAAUGGAAGAGACGGGCGAAAGAAAAGCUGGCAAUGGAGAAGCUCCAGAGUCCAACCCAAGUGGAGGCAAGGGGUCCCCCUCUGUGACUUCUGAGUCUACUCCCUUCCCAAAUUCUUACGUCAACCAGUAUGCCAUGAGGAAAUUCUUUGUUACAAGGCCAGGAGCAUUUGACCAAGCCAUAGAAGAUCUAAAAAUCCACGUGGUCAAGAAUGCGGGGGAAACAGCUCAGAGCUUCUGGCUUUUGACUGAGAUAGAUCACUGGAACAACGAGAAGGAGCGUGUCGUGGUGAUCACAGACACCACCCUCCUGGUCUGCAAAUAUGACUUCAUAAUGCUCAGCUGCGUCCAGGUGCAGCGGAUCUCCCUGAGCUACAUCGACCGUAUCUGCCUUGGCCAGUUCACCUUUCCUGAGAGGUCUCUGGACAAGAGGGAGGGAGAAGGCCUGAGGAUCUACUGGGAUAAUCUGAAAGAGCCAUCUGCCCUGUCCCGUUGGAACCCAUGGGCCACAGAUAUCCCUUAUGCAACUUUCACAGAACAUCCAGUGAAGAAUAGCACUGAAAGGUUCAGUGCCAUCUGCCAGAUGUCCGAGUUCACUGCUCAGUUGGUCCGGGCCAUUCAGACCGCCCAGAGCAAGAACCCGGCGCCAGGCAAAACCAGCGGAGUUGUGGUCCUGAAUCAACCCCUCCUGAUCGACACCUACACGGGUUUUAUGUCUUUCAUCGGGAACCGAAACAAACUUGGUUAUUCCCUUGCCCGUGGGAGUGUUGGCUUUUGAAGCUCUCCAUGGUGGGGAGUGCUUUUUAUUUGUUAAUGUCACUGUCCUUUAAAUUCUCCAUAUAGCCCCAUUUCUUUUAGAGGUUAAAAAGAUGGAAAGGUUAAGUGAUGCAUAGGUAUUGUGCUGGCCCUCUGCCCAGAGGCAAAUUUCCCUCCCUUUGCAAAGUUUUUCCUGGGCCUUUCAGCCCUUACUGUGUAUGAAUAUGGAUGCAUUAUAAACUCUUUACGGUGUGUGCAAUAGAAGUGAAUCAAAACCAGGACUCCACACCUGAACCCUGCCAAACUUUGGGAGAAGUUCAUAUCUGAAGUUGAAUCUUUGCAGCUGUUGCCCAUCUCUUGUGUAAAAACUCCACCCCAAACUAAGCUGUCGAGCCCAGCCUGCCCAUUGCUAAUGUCAAUGCAGUGGCUGCACUGCUUAAAACUAGGGCUGUGUCUGCGCUGGCUCUUUCAGUGAUAAUGCUUUAGUCAUUCAGGGGUGUGAAAAAACACCCCCCUGAGCGACAAAAGUUUUAGCACUGAAAAGCACCAGUAUAGACAGGGCUUUAUCGCCGGGAGCGUGACUGCACUGUCCCCAUCACAGAGCUGCUGCAGCCGCGCUGCAUUGUGAGCCGUGUAGACAUACCUUAAGUGUCCCUGGAAAUCUGCAGUGCAGGACCUACAGCUACCCAUUGCCUCUUCAAUGACCAUGUGGCUCUGAAGUCUGUUUCCCAUCUCGGGGUUCUAGGGACUUUGCAGCACAGUAAGUAGGUGCUUGCUUCAAACGUCAGGACUAACAUUCACACUACAGAGAAAUAGUUUGUUAACUGAUCUCUGGAGAUGGCCCGGAAUUGAUACGAGCCUUUAGCUAUCUGCACUCUCUCACGUGCUGGAUAUAUUAUUUUGUGCUUGCAUCUAUAUCUGCCAAUCCGUGCCCGGAAAUGACAUCCUACAUUAUCCUCAGUGCUGCCCCUUAAGAUCUCUCUUGUUUUUUUAAAGAGCCGCCGUGUUUGAAAUUCUGUUUGGAUCACUUGGAGAAUCUCUGGAGUAACCCAGUGACACAUCUGGAAAGGAAUUUUCUCUGUUUCUCUGGUCACAUGACACCUGGUCCAAAGCCCUUCAGAGUCAUUGGAAAGACUCUCAUUGCUCUGAACUUUUUUCAGAUCAGACCCAUGGCAAAAGACAACAGUGAAAUAAAUAUAUUGAAACAAAUCUUAAAGGAUAAAAAAAAUGUUUACUCAUAAACUUUUCAUAUUCUGCAUAAGAUGUUAGAAUGGGGGAAAAUCCAACAAAACCAGACACAUUAUUUUUUGGACUCUUCAAAAUAUUUUGGCUAAAUAGAUAAGUGGCUAGUAAAAUUGGGUCUCAGAGUUUGUUUGUUUUUAAGGAUCAGAAUCACAGUAUAUUGUCAUUUGAGAUUUUAAUAAAAUAAUCUCCUCAGUGGUUGUGUUUCUUUUAGGUUCCAGGUGGCAGAUAAGUGAGUGGACAAUGUUAUUUUUCUUUUUGGGGGUAGGGUUGUCUCCAAGGCUCUCCCAUUUUCCUCACCUACAGGCCCUGCAACAUACUGCUUUUCUUCUCUAUGCCCUGGCUCUGUACUACAGUGAAACCUUCCCGAGCCAAACAGUUCUGUCAUCUAGAGAGGGCCAUUAGAGACUUAUGGGAUGUUCUCCAUCUUAUUCAGUAUCUGAUGUCUCUGCAGCAUCAGAGAGUUCAAGGCCAGAAAGAACCAUCAAGGUGCUGGGGUGGUGAAGAAAGAGAUAAGAACAGGAUAUAAAAUCUGAUUUCCUAUAGUCUUCACUGAUGGUCUACACCAUGGGCAUGUCCUCAGUGGUUGCAUUUAAUAACUUGCGUUGAUUAAUAUCACCCAUCCUUUAAGGACUGUUCAUCAAAAGCCCAUGGAAUAUCUAAUGCAAACCACAAAUGUACCAUAUAAGUUGUAGCAUCCUGUUUGCUUGGCACACCACCAAAACCAGAAAGUGGGCGAGACCGUUGGUCACACCAGAAGGGUUGUUAGCACACAGGACUCUACAGAUUCUUGAAUCCUUGAAUUCUGUGUUACCCUUAAUGGAUCCAUCUCAACCCAAAAUAUAACAAAAAUGUUUUCAAAUCUAACCACCUUCUCUGACUCCAGACUGGGCAGCAGUUGAAGUUCCAAGCUAGGAAUGAAGCAAAUGUGUUUUAUUUUUCUUCUCUGCAUCCGUUACAGAUUCCCCUCACCCUUUAAUUUGUUAUGUCAGUUAGCAUUGCCCUCCUCAAGGCAAGAACUUUUUAUUCAGCCUGCAAGAGGAAAUGUUGCAAUGUUGGAAGAGGUGGGAUGAGAAAUCUUUGGCAAUUGUUCUUAGGAAGGCAUCACUGGCAACUUAGCACAAUAAUUUUGCACAAGAAAAAAAAAAUCCUUGCCUAGGAAACUGGGAUCUUGCUGAGAAGGUGUUAGGAAAAUAAAUAUCUGCUUUUAGUUCAUGCUGUUCCCUAUUGGGAUUUAACAUUCUGCUUGUGUAGCUCUUUCAUACCAAGCUAACUUUCAAAGUAACCCCCUGCCAUUCCAUUGCCAAUGUGCUUUUAAAGACACAAGCCGAGCUUUAUUUGCUAAACUCCACCUUGUCAAGAAUAUUUUGAACUUGUUUUUGUUUCUGAUUCAGACAGAGUUACUGGGUUUCAGAGCCUCCAAAAUGUAGGUCGCUUGCUUGAAUCCUCCCCAGGAACAAAGGUUAUUAACACUGGGUUUCUUGAGGACCUGUGUGAGGCAGGGCCUACGGUUACCUGAGACAGGUGUUCACUUAACAAAAGUAUACGCACCAUAAUUGUGACUGACUUUCACUCAUUUGCAGCCUAAAGACUUAACAGUGCUUGGAGACUGAAGUC